UCCUCACCUCGCCUCCUCCGCCCCCCUCUGUGGAUGUGUGUGCACGCCGGAGCCGGCCCUCCCUGCAACAUGACGAGGGCCAUCCCCAAUGCUAAGAGGGGAAGCUUGUUAUUGCUGAUGAGCACAGCCUGGUUCUGGCAGGCGGCACCAGGACCUGCUGCUACAGCCUCAUCCUUUGUUACAUUGUAACAGCCCAGCACCAUGCUGAAUGUGGCCCCUGUGGACAGGCAGUACCCACCGGCUGCUGUUGACUUCAUGGACAUGUGUGAGUCCAUACUAGAACGGAAGAGACAUGACAGUGAAAGGUCGACAUGUAGUACCUUGGAGCAGAAUGAUUUUGAAGCUGUGGAAGCACUGGUGUGCAUGAGCGCAUGGGGUCAAAGGUCCCACAAAGGAGAUGUCUUGAAAAUGAGACCCCUUACUCCUGCUUCCGAUUCCUCCGACUUUACCAUGACGUGUGACUCUUCUAUAGGUGGUUCUAGAGAAUUCCACUCUCUUGCAACACUGUGCAUGACUCCACCACACAGCCCUGAUUUUGGAGAACCCACUACAACACUCCCACCUGUUUCCCAAGUCACGUAUUCCAAGCCUGUGACUGUCAUGUCAAGCAGUUUGGGCUGUUGCGUCACUUCUUCAGAUGUGCCCAAGCCAUUUGUUCCAGUUGUCUACAGACCACCUCCUCAGGGCCGGGAUAUGUUUCUAAGCUCUCAGCCCUGCAGAUCAAUGGCCACAAGUGUGAUACGCCACACGGCUGAUCGCUCCUCUUUCCAAAACAUUCCAGAGACUCCUGCCAGGACAGUUGCACCUUUACAUAAAAACCCCUGUGUUGAACAAUCUGAAAACAAAUAUUCUGAACUUUCCAGGGAAAUACAUGUUCCAGACAGCCUGAACAGAAGAUCCCCACCAUUGCACCUUCCUCAGCCAAACAAAUCGUGUCCUAACAUAAAUAUGGACAUCCAGCAACUGGUGAAUACACAGACUACCUUGUCAAUGAAAUGUGAAAGUGAUCGUUCACAUGAGACUAAUCAGUUGGUUUCAGUUCCUGUUUCACAUGCCCCAGUUCUCUGCCAGAUGAUUCCAGUUAGUGGACAAGCGGGUGUUCUCUCUGCUUUUAUCAAGCCCACAGCUCAGCAGGUUCCUAAUUCUGUCAAGCCAAUCCUACCCCAAGCAACACAGAUUCCUCAAUCCGUCCUUAUGGGAACGCCUGUCUCACAGGGAACUGUUAUGUUUGUACUUCCUCAAGCAGCUGUCACAAACCCACCUCAGCAGUGUACACAGACUCUUGUGACUGUAGGGAACACAAAAUUGCUGCCUCUUGCACCAGCCCCCGUGUUUAUUGCUGCUGGGCAAAGCAGCCCUCCACAAAUGGACUUCUCAAGAAGGCGUAAUUACGUGUGCAACUUUGCAGGCUGCAGGAAAACCUACUUCAAAAGCUCGCACCUUAAAGCACAUCUUCGCACACACACCGGUGAGAAACCUUUCAGCUGUAACUGGGAAGGUUGCGAUAAAAAGUUUGCACGGUCAGAUGAACUUUCGCGGCAUAGAAGAACACACACAGGGGAGAAGAAAUUUGCCUGCCCCGUGUGUGACCGCAGAUUCAUGCGUAGCGAUCACUUAACCAAGCAUGCUCGGAGGCACAUGAGCACAAAGAAAGUUCCCGCCUGGCAAACAGAAGUUGGAAAAUUGAACAGAAUUGCUACCCCAGACAUAUCCAGAAAUGCCGGCCCUUCCUUAAGCAUGCUGGUUUCCUUGCCUGCCUCGGUUUAAUAAGUGUGUGAAUUUAAUGGGGCAAGUGAAGAUCGACCUUUUGAUACACACUGUCAUGCAUCAUGGACUGCAGAUGGAAAAAUACACCGUGCAUUUUAUCAUACAAUAUCAAGGGCCAUUUGUUUAGAACGCCGUAGAACAUGGGGAUGGAGGAGGGGAUGAAAUGCAAUUGUUAAAGUAAUUGUUUUUAUAGUCCUCCUGGAAAGAAAGCAAGCCAUGUAUUUUUGGCAUUCCCUAAAGCACUAUAAAAGUUCAGUGUGAUUUAAUAAUAUGCUGUUUAUACAUUAUGGCCUUUGUGUGGAGGUAAACAACAUAGAAUAUACUUUGUGACAUCAUUGUUAAGGUUUCAUUCACAUUGUUAUAAUCCUGUCCCAAUUUACAGAAAACACACAGCAUUAGAGGACUUGGAAAAAAAUGUUUUUUAUUUUUGGGUAAUUGUACAAUGCAAUUCUGCCUUCACAUAAAUCAGUCAGUGUUUACAUAAUACUCCUAUAAAACAAUCCCUUAUUUUCCCUUUUAUUUUUAACUUAAAUGUUAAACUUCACCUUAUAUUCACCUCCUGUUUGUUAAGCAUUGAAGGAAAAAAAAAUGAAAAUGUUUAUCAGAGAUGAAUUGAUACAACUUGUUUGUCUAUUGCACUAUUCAUAAUAUGUAACUUUUUUUUUUUUCCUUGUCCUUUUUUUGUGUAUUAAAUUGUAUAUAUUUUUUUUUUUUAAAUGUGUUUCGUUGGGAAUUUUAUUAAGCUGCCGUUAAUUGGAAAUCUGCACAUCAUUUAGCUUGGGGAUUGAUUCUUGAUAUAAUUUUUUUUUUAUUUUUUUUUUUUAAACGUGGACUCAAGACAUGAUUUAAUUGGAUAAAACAUGGUACCUUUUGAAAGUAACACACAAAAUGUAUGUGUGUGCAUAUUAAAUAAUGUGUAUAAACACACACACACAAUAAUUUGGGUUUUAUUGCAAUAAAAUUAUAGCUGUUGCAUAUUUUUAAAAAAAUAAUAAUAAUCAGAUUAAUAAGUACCACAAAUCUCUCUCUAAGCUCUAAGUGGUCUUUGCAACAUCUUUCUUGUUUCUAAAAACGCCUAUAAGAGUCAACUUUUAUGGAGUUUGAAGCAACAUUAAUAUGUUCUGUACAAAUGGUCACCAUCUAAAUUCCUCAAACUUUUUUUGCAUGUAUGGUAUGACUUGCUAAGUUUUUUCCAGUUGAUCAAAAAUGUUUUGAGUCCACAAUGCCUCUUUGCUUAAUGGCAUGUAAGAUGAAAUCAAAAGGUUCACUUUAUUUUCCCUGCUAAUUUCUCAGUGUUAUUACCUCACAUUUUCUUAUAAUGCCUAUAUUUUUUUUUUUUUUUUUAAAGGGUCUUUCCUUUGGUCUAUGAUGCUGUACCAAAUAUAAUGGUAACCGCUUAUGUAAUAUCUCAGUGUUCUAAAAACCUUUCCAUAAGAAUGCAAGUUAUUACUUGUGUGACAUUAAAGUCAUCUGUUUUCAGCA